CAAGGCAUUAUCACAUCCAGUAAUUUUACCACCAUCCAGCCACUCUUGAGUCUGACGGACGAUAUGCGCGGACAAGCUCCACUGACAUGUACCACCUAGCCAAGUCUCUGUACUUGCACUUCACGUCCAAGGAAGAGUAUUCCAUACUCCUUCUCGGCCUGGACAACGCCGGCAAAACUACCCUCCUCGAGCAAAUCAAAGCCCUUCCAGCAAAUCAAAAUGCGACCGCCCAUCCGAACCUUAAGACCGUUCCCACUGUAGGCCAGAACGUCGCCACCAUAAGCCUACCCGAUGUUUAUUUGAAGAUUUGGGAUGUCGGUGGGCAGCACAGUCUACGAGGCUUAUGGCAGAAAUACUACGCAAGUUGCCAUGCCAUCGUCUUUGUGAUUGACAGCUCUGAUAUUGGGGACGCCGACAUCACCAAGAUUUCCUCAAAUGAAGACGGUGGUGGUCGGUUAGAAGAGUGUCGAAUGGUUUUGGAAAGUGUACUUCAGCACUCAGAUGCUGAAGGUGUGCCAUUACUCGUCCUGGCCAAUAAACAAGACAGAGAGGACUGUGUCGAAGUAGUCAGAAUAAAAGAGGGACUUGUGAGAAAGGUUUUCGAGGGUGACAAGGGUGGUAGUGUCAGAGACAGCCGAGUGCUCCCUUGUAGUGCUCUAACGGGCACUGGCGUCGAGGAGGCUGUUGAAUGGUUACGGAGUCGUGUCUUGUGGAACAAGGAAAGUCGUCCGCCAAUACUAAGGUAGUGGCCUUAUACGUGUUGUAAUUCCCUGAUAGAUUCGAAUCCGAGAUUCAAUUCUGGGAGAGAUAAUGGCGCACGUGAGAAAACACGGCCACAUUUGCUGGAGUGUUGUAGGAGAAUUUAAUUACUCCUUAACGGCUUAUAUACGAAGAUCAAGGCUGAUUGGUUUCUCUUUUCCUCUUUAGGAAUAGGUAUUUAUAAGCCCAGAAAAGGCUUAUAUUUUAAACUUUCUUAGCCUAAUGAUUAUUGAUUUAGACUGAAAUCUAAGAUAUUUUUCUAUAAA